CUCAACUGCCAUCAUCGCUAUUCACUCGGUCGGAUCGAAUCGUUAUUGGCUAUUCGUUUAUUUCACCGGUUUAUCGGUUAAUUGCUGAUCCUAAUUCCUAACUAGGCUUAUUCUUAAAACGGGAUUUAUAAACUGUGCCCAUAGUAGCGAUUAGUGUCCCACAUUUAAUCCAGUGCAAUGGUUAAAGGAAAAAAGCCUACAAAGAAAGAGGAGGUCGAGGCUGAGAGUGUUACAAAUGACAACACAGAAAACACCAGCCAAGAGAAUGGAGUAGACGAUCCAUCCGCUAAGAAGAAGGCUAUCAAGACUACCGGCAAAUCCAAAGAAAAGAAACCCGAGGAGAACCCUUCAGAAGAAGAAAAAGAAGAGGAGGUGGUUGAAAAUGGGGAGGAAAGCUCAGAGAAGAAAAAGGCUCCUGUCAAACCAAAAAAGGCCGCCAAAAAAGAACCUAAACCUCAAGCAGAGCCAGCCCGCAAGUCUUCCAGAACGCCAAAGCCGGUUACAAAAGAUGGAGACAGUGAAGCCUCUUAUGAGAAAUUCAGGUCAGAGAAACCGCAGGCUAAGAAACGAUCUUCAAAGUCACCGGUGAAGGCCACCUUACCAAAAAAGACGAAAAAGGUUGAAAAAGAUUACGAGGUAGAAGAAAUAGUCGGCCUGAGAAUGAAAAAGGGCAAAAAAGAAUUCAAAAUCCGUUGGAAGGGAUACAAGGAAAGCGAUGACAGUUGGGAGCCAGAAAACCAUCUUUCCUGUCAAGAUCUGAUCAACAAGUACCUAGAAGAGCAUGGAAGUGAGACGCAGCCUGAAGAGAAGAAAACGCCCAGCAAAAAGACUGCCACAAAGAAAACGGCAAAGAAGAAGACACCUGCCAAGUCAGCAAAAGGCAGGAAAUCCAGGAAAUAAAUUAAGAUUCAAGAUGAGCUGCUCCUGAGGUUUCUUGGGUGUUUUAUUUACGAACAUUACCAAACCAACAUUUGUAUUUUAAGUAGUCAUAAUGUGUGUGCGUGAUUGUUAAGAAGCUGAUUGAACUGAUACUAAAGACAGUUGAGUGAUUCCAAAUUUUAAGAAGUUACUAGUACUUAAAUUAUUUUUUGUUUUAUAUUCUGAGUUUUAUAAGUAUGAGUAACGUGGUAGAGUAAGUUAAUAUUUUUACCAGAACAGUAAUUCUCUGAUCAUCCGUUUUCUUUGACCUGAUUUUUGAAUUGUACAAAAUAUAUCCUUACUGAUUUUUUUUUGUGGUUCCUUCAAAUAACAAGAGCUGCACUUUAAUUUUGAGAACUACGUCCAGCAGUCUGUUAAAUAUAAUGCAAAAAAGUUGAACUGAUAAUCUAAGAAAAGAUGAACACAGGGCUUGGAGAAGUUAUGACUUUGCUUUGUCUCUGCAAUCGGACCACUGAAAUAAUUAAUUCAUUGUUGCAAAAAUAGCACAAAGCAGGCUCCAGUGUGUUUCAAAUCCCCUGUUUUGUGUUUUAAAUACUCCUUGUUUUGCCAUACUUUUGGAUGAUUUGAGUGUUACUGUUUACUUUCGUAUUUGUUUAAAUAAGUACAAACUACAUACACUAUAUGUAGGAUAGUGUAAUAAAUUGUGUUUUUAUUCA